GGUGGUGUCGCGAGCUAUCACACGUAGCACGUAGGCUUGCCGUGGACGUCGCGCGUCCUCACGUCACACACCGGAUCCCCUCGCUCGGUUUCGCUGUUUAAAUAUCGCUGGGCGCGCAGAGUCACAGGGUGCACACCGGCGAGAUGUCGUACGAAACGAAAUAUAUAUUAGCUGCAUUACCGAGAACCCAACGGGGACAACCUCUUGUACUGGGUGGCGAUCCCAAAGGAAAGAACUUUUUAUAUACCAAUGGUAACAGUGUCAUCAUUAGAAAUAUUGACAAUCCAGCAAUCGCAGACGUUUAUACAGAACAUUCUUGCCCCGUGAAUGUUGCCAAAUAUUCUCCUAGCGGUUUUUAUAUAGCUUCGGGAGAUCAGUCGGGUAAAGUACGUAUUUGGGAUACAGUUAAUAAGGAGCAUAUAUUAAAAAAUGAAUUUCACCCUAUUGGUGGACCCAUUAAAGACAUCGCUUGGUCACCGGAUAGUCAGCGCAUGGUCGUGGUCGGAGAAGGAAGAGAAAGAUUUGGACACGUCUUUAUGGCAGAAACAGGGACGUCGGUGGGCGAGAUCUCUGGUCAAAGUAAAUCUAUCAACUCGUGCGACUUUAGACCGGCUAGACCAUUCAGAUUAAUAACUGGAAGUGAAGAUAAUACUAUCGGUAUAUUCGAAGGCCCUCCAUUCAAAUUCAAGAUGACAAAGCAAGAGCAUACUCGUUUUGUUCAAACCGUACGUUAUUCGCCUGACGGAAAUCUGUUUGCUUCCGGUGGAUUCGACGGGAAAGUAUUUAUAUAUAAUGGAACAACCUCUGAUUUUGUUGGGGAAGUAGGAUCCCCUGCACAUCAAGGUGGAGUCUACGGAGUUGCAUGGAAGCCCGAUGGUAAACAGUUAUUAACUGCCUCCGGAGAUAAAACUUGUAAGCUGUGGGACGUAGAAACACGUUCUUUAAUUACCGAGUUCAACAUGGGAACGACGGUCGACGAUCAACAAGUGAGCUGUCUAUGGCAAGGAAAUCAUUUAUUAUCCGUGUCACUUAGCGGCUUCAUCAACUAUCUUGACGUCGACAAUCCUCAGAAGCCUAUAAAGAUAAUAAAAGGCCAUAAUAAACCAAUAACGGUUCUAACAUUAAGUCCAGAUAGAAGUACGAUUUACACCGGUUCUCACGAUGGCUACAUCACCAAUUGGAAUGCGGAGACAGGGGAAAAUGAUCGCGUACAAGGGCACGGUCACGGUAAUCAAAUUAAUGGGAUGAAAGCCACAGGUAACUUGCUCUAUACUGCCGGCAUCGACGAUACUUUAAGGUCAAUCGAUAUUGCGACAAAUGCGUACGCGGAGACCAGUGUGGUAAAAUUGGAUUCGCAACCACGAGGUCUGGAUAUAUAUAACGAUAUAGUUGUGGUGGCCUCAGUUCGACAGAUCGCAGUUACACAGGAUGGUAAAAAGCUGUCAAGUCUAUCGAUCAAUUACGAACCAUCGUGCGUGUCAAUUAAUCAAGAAACCGGAGACGUAGCUAUUGGAUCUACAUCUGAUAACAAAGUAUAUAUUUACGAGUUUUCGGAUACUACAUUAACUCAAAAGACUGAACUAGAACACCUGGGUCCAGUUACGGAUGCCUCAUAUAGUCCCGAUAAUAAAUAUUUAGUUGCCUGUGAUGCAAACAGAAAAGUUAUACUGUAUGCCGUACCAGAAUACAAGAGGCUUGCGCAUAAUAGAGAAUGGGGCUUCCACAAUGCAAGAGUAAACUCUGUCGCGUGGUCUCCAAAUUCUGACAUGGUUGCGAGCGGUAGUCUUGACACGACUAUCAUCAUCUGGAGUGUGACAAAUCCAGCAAAACAUACCAUCAUCAAAAAUGCUCAUCCUCAGAGUCAAAUAACGCGCUUGGUCUGGCUGGAUGAGGAAACCUUAAUCUCCGUCGGACAGGACUGCAAUACUAAAAUAUGGCGUAUAGAAAAGAUAUAAUUAACUUUUGGAAGAAUUUAUUGCCACGUCUAAGGAAACUCAAUUUUGGAGGCAUUUUAUUUAUUUCGUAGUCUACGAAUAUUGUAUAUUAUUUUUUAAUACAAUUCUUGAUAUAUGAUUAAAAAAUUA